AUUGAAGUGGGCCACCACUAUCAACUCUCAGACAAAAUAUAAACAAAAGUAAGAAGAAAAUUUUUGGCGCGUUUGCAACGACGUUGACAGAGCUGUCAAGUAAACGUCAACGUCAUCGUCGUGCGUAGUGACUGAACUUUUGGAGGGAAAAACUCUUGUCAGUUGAAAUUUGAGCGGGAUAACACAUAGACGUGUGCUAAGAACCAACCAUAAGCAGUCAGUCGGUGAUUAUUACUUCAUACACACUACAUGCAUAGAAAGAAAAGUGAACAGAUUGAAAUAAUUUGUAGUAAAAACUCCAUUAAAUACAAGUAAAACCGCGUUUAAAUAUAAAAUUUUAACAAGAUAUAUAAUUAACUGAAAGCAUUAAAUAAUUUAUUAAUAAACAAAUACCUACAUAAACAAUUAUUUAAAUAAAAGUUACAAAAUGGCUCAACCUUCGAUAGCUGCCUUUUUUAACACCAGGAAACGUGCUGCGGCUGAAGAUGUGGCCAGCAUUAAGAAUAGACGUCUUCUGGAUAGCACAGAACCAACUACACAAAACACAACAAAUGUAAACUCUGAACCCCAAACAAAUGAUACUUCUUCCCAACAACAAUUGCCAGAACAACAUGAUGAUAUUGCGGUACUUAAGAAAAUGGGUUUACGCACCCGUUCCACACGCUCCUCCAAUGUGGUCAAACGCAUUGGUGUCCAGGAUCCAGCACAAAUACCUGACAGCGGUGUCUCACCCAAGAAAAUGUCCAAAAUUGAAGAAACUAUUAAGCAACAACAGAAAUUAGUGCAAUUUAUACAAAAGGGCCCCUUGUCGCCACGUAAAAAAGCGACAGCUACACCCAAAUCCAAUACUAGACAAAAGCUAAAUGAACAUACACCCUCCACCACAUUGAUUACAGCAUUCACCUCCAAGAAUAGUGCCAACAAUGUGGAGAAAGGUUUAAAAACUCCCACUAAACAAAUAAUCAAGGGUUCAAAUACCCCCCUCAAACAGGGCGAAAUCAAAAGCAUGGUCAAGAAGGAAUUGAAUUUCGAUGAGGUUAAAACAAAAAUAACACGUAGUGCAAAACUACAAGAACUUAAGGCUUCCUUGGCCCGCAUACAAGAAUUGGAAAAGACACGCAAGGCCCAAGAGGAACGUAAUCGUAAAUUGAAGGAGAGCCUAUUAUCGCCAGCCAAGAAAACUCCUGUAGUGCAGUUGAAAGAAUUUGAUAAAAUUGAAUUGGAAGUUUUGACUAGCCCCUCAAAAACCUUUAAAACACCCACAAAACUUCCACCCAAAACACCCGAUAAAAAUGAACUUAUGUCACCACGUCACACCGAUGUCUCCAAACGUGUGCUCUUCAGUCCCGCCAAAAUGGGAUCACCAUCGAAAAUGGUGGUACCACCGGCCUAUCAACGUUUCAUGUCAUUGGCCGAAAGCAGCAAAGCUGGCCAAUUACCUCUACCCUACAAGUAUCGUCAUUUGAUAGAGAUUUUCAAGGCCUUAGAUUCGGUAUGUGCCAUGUUCCACAAUCGCAAGGAAUGCAUUACAUUCAAGAAACUCAAGCCAGCCGUACAAAGAAUGAUGCGUAAGAAUUUCUAUGAAACACAUUUGGCCCAAAUAAAACAUCUCUACCCGGAGGCUUUUAUCUUCACACAAAUGAAAAUGCGUAAUUAUGGUUCGGCCUCCAAGGCUGACUACUUCCAGUUGGUUAUAGCACCAAAUGUGCAGAAUCUGCCCGAUAACUUGAAACUGAAUAAGAUCGAUGAAGAUGAUAUAUUGGCUGCGGCCCAGAGUACUUCAAUGAAUCCUCAUGUAAUGACCGAAAGAUUGCAGAAAUUCCAGAGUGCUUUGUUGGAGAAAGUGAAGAAUGUACAUGAUAAGUUUUUGAAAUCACUGGAUCCCCCUCUUUCUAUACCCAAGGAAAAAGUAACACGCUGGCAUCCAGAUUUUGAUUUGGAGAAUUGUCCCGAAAUUGAAUUGGGACAUUUGCCUCAGCCACCAAAUGUAGAGAAAUACUCAUCGGCUAAAGACAUAUUGUCGACAGCCAGAAAUCUCUUCAACUGUGCUACACCCAUGGAAAGGGUAAUGGAAAGAUAUGAAGCUAAAUUGGAUGCGGACAAGGUCAAGGCAGAGAAUUUGAAAAAUCUAGAGGCCACCACCAGUAAAGCAGGAGAAAUUAGCAAUAUCAGCAAAACCGCUGAACCUACAACAGCCACCACAAGUAAAACUACAACAACAGAAGCUGCAGCACCACCUGCAGUGCCCUUAAAUUUGUUAAAGGGUGUACCCAAAUCGUUAUUAGAUAAGAUACGCGCCAAACAGGCUGCCAAAGCUUUAGAUGCUAUGACACGUAGACCUUCUCAGGAUCAGGAGGCUACUAAAUAUUCCCGUCUACCCGAAUUGGCUCGCCACUUGCGCAAUGUUUUCAUCACCGAACGCAAAGGUGUACUCACCCAAGAAGUUAUCAUUAAGAAAAUCGAAAAUAGCUUCCGUACCAGUCUGACGCCAAAAGAAAUUGAGACUCAUUUACAACUGAUUGCCAAGGAAGUGCCCGCCUGGUUGGCAUUCCAUGAGGUACGCAAGACCAUGUAUUUGAAAAUCAACAAAGACAUGGAUUUAACCAAGAUCAUAGAGCGUUUAGAAACCGUGGCCAAUGAGAAAAGUAAAAUGUAAUUAGAAGACUAACACAGACAAAAAUGUUAACAAAAACUAAUAACAAAUUCCCCGAUUAACCCUAAUAAAUCCAUUUUACCCUUAUUAAUAUAACUAAAUAGUUUAAGUUUAACACAAUCCUUAACAUUUGAAAUGUUCCAUUUAAUUUUUCUUUUAAAAUAUAAUACGUUUUCUCUUUGGACAUGCUGAUUAUUAUUAUUAAUAUUAUUAUUAUUAUAAUUAUUUUAGUUUAUAAGUUAUUUGUUAUAAAUAUUAGUUAUAGUUAUUGAUUGGUAAUUAUUAGUACAUAAAGUUUUGUUUAUUAUUUUAAUUUUAUGUGUUUGAUUUCCUUCUAUAUUAGAAAAAUUAAAACUUAUUUAAUAAAAUAAUUUACAUUUUUUGCUGCCUGUAUUCGUUGUUCGUUUAAUUAAAUUCAUAAUCAUCACAUGAAGCACCCACAUCCCUCAAUAACUUGAUUUAUUACCUAGCGUAAACUUAAAUUCGUAUAUUUAAUUUAUUUAUAAGUUAUUUACAAUUUAACAAACUAUUAGUACAAUAUCAUUUUUAUUAUUUAAUAAAGUUGCUCAAUAGCAAAAUAAAACAA